CGCAAACUAUCGACAGAAUCAUAUUCUUGGCCCUUCUUCUCUAAACCAACCCUGUCCGUCCGUCUGUCCGGCUACCUUUAGCCUUGGAUGUAAUACCUCUGAUAGAUUUUAAUACAAAUUUGACAUAUUCACACCGGCAUAAUCUGUAUUUGUGAUGGAAUUAUGUGAGAUCUGAAGAAUGAAUCUGCUCGCUCGUUAUUGGGUGUGCAGAUCAGAUGGGAUCAUCGUUGAAAGAAAAACUGAAUACCUUCAACAGGCAACAACAAAAAUGUCAGUCAGACCUUACGAGCAUUGCGGCUUCUACAAGGACAGCAGCACCUGCAAGGAAAUCACCUGUUCCUGCAGUAAGGUUGCAGCAACUUAUUAAUAAUAAAACAAGGAAGACCACUGUGGGAGCUCAAAUCAAAUGUGUCAUCGAUCUACUAUAUAAGUCAAGGCAGUCCUUUACAGCUGAGCAAAUAAAUGAAGCAUGCUAUGUUGAUGUCAAAGGCAGUAAAGCCGUGUUUGAAAGUUUGACAAAGAACCCGAAAGUUAAUUACGAUGGAAGCCGUUUCUCUUAUAAGUCGAAGCAUAGUGUGAGGGACCAGAAACAACUUCUACGCCUGAUACAGACAUUUGCAGAGGGUAUUGCGGUUGCUGAUCUUAAAGAUGCAUACCCAACUGUCAUGGAAGAUUUACAGGUCCUGAAAGCUGGUCGUCAGAUAUGGCUACUAUCAACUAUCGACGCCCAGAAAGAGAUAGCGUACCCAAAUGAUCCGAGGGUCCCCAUCAAGGUCGAUGAUGAACUGAAAGAGUUAUUUAGGUCGAUUAAGUUGCCACCAGACAUGCUGGACAUUGAGCAGGACCUACAGAAAAAUGGGAUGAAGCCCGCAACAAACACAGCUAAAAGAAUAGUGAUGGCUCAGAAUGGUAAUAUUUUGGUUGAACCAAAACAGGAGAAGAAGACUGGGUUCAGUAAAAGGACAAAACUCACCAAUGCUCAUCUUCCUGAGCUCUUCCAAACUUGAAGUUAGAGAUAAUGCUGCUUGCUGGUUGUUGAUAUGGAAAUAAAACUUAAUCAUGUUUAAACUUUCUGUUAACAUAUUAUUAUGCGUUCAAAAACCAUCGAUGACUUUGUUAUAGCUGUAAGAAUACUUUUAUCAUUUUCUUAUCAGAUAUUAUUAGAUCCGGUGUUGUACA